AUUUCCCACUUGGAUCCAUUAAUUUCUUACAAUUUUCAAUCUUGAAAAAACCUCAUUUUACUCUCAUUGACCCUGAUUCAAAGUCCACUAAUUGCAACUUUACAUCUUUUAUUGUCAACUUCAUCUCGUUAACCAGCCUUUUCGCUAUCCAACAAAUCAUCUUCCAGUCGGAUUAAUAUCAUUGACAAUUUAAAAAUCAAAGUUUGCUUGUAAAACCAUCAAUUUCAAAUGGAUGAUCAACCAAAUAGUCGGAUCAACUAUGUAAGGACUGCAUUGAUUUACCUCUCUUUCCUCGGUGUUGGUUCUGGCAUGACAGUUCUUGGUUCCUCCAUUUUAGACCUACAAAUUCAAGUUCAAGAAGAGUACGAGACAAUUGCCCAUGUAAUCCCAGUAAGAGCUGCCGGUCUUGUUGUCGGAUACUUUUUUGCUGGUCUCAUUGGUGAAAGAAUGAAUCCUCAAGUGUUGAUGUUUUUAACCAACAUAUUUGCCGGAGUUACCUUCAUCUCAGCUCCAUGGAAUCACCAUUUAACUGGAUUAAUGAUCGACUUCUUUCUGAGCGGGGUUUUCCUAGCCGCCAAUAAAGUCUGUUGUAAUCAAUUUAUAUUUUCAAUGUGGGGCGAAAAAAGUCCGCUUUUCAUUCAAUUCCUGUACAUGUGCUAUGAUAUUGGCUCCUUUUUGGCUCCAUUCUGGACAAAACCAUUUAUACUUCGAAGCAAAAGUGAAUUGCUGGGCAACACAGCGGCCAAUGUAACCUCUUUACCUUACAAACCGUCCGAUGUUAAAAUUCAAUAUCCAAUCAUGAUUGUUGGAUUUGUUUACACUGUAGCAGCAUUUGGAUUCUUGAUUCUUCACUAUACCAAACCUUAUAUCAAACCUUUACCCAAAAACACUGUUAAAAAGGCACCUUCCCAUGUUAAACAAUUUGAUGGUAAACGAUCGCUCAAAUGGUUCAUCAUUAUAAUGAUGUGUCUCUUUACUCAUGCAGCCCAAAGUACAACCGAUUUAAUUGGUGAAAUGGGUCCGUCUUUUGCAGUCCAUUCUGAGCUGAAAUUACCAAAUGAAAGUGGACCCACCUUGGUAUCAAUAUUUUGGGGAUUUUUCACGAUUUACCGAGUCAUCUUCAUUGUUUUACUUAUGUACACUACAGCUGAAAAGGCUAAAAUCAUUAACGUUUUACUUCUUCUUGUUUCUUUGGUUGUUUUGGUUCCUCAUGCAAACACUCAAAAAUCUUGCCUUUAUGGUGGAAUCAUUUUGCUUGGUUUUGGAAUGUGUCCCAUUUUUGCUGCUACUUACGGUUCAAUUACUCGCUAUUUCCCGGUUACAAGCCGAAUGACUGCCGCAUUUUUCAUAUCAACCUGUGUUGGUCAUCUCAUUUAUCCUUGGGUUGUUAGCCAAUACAUCAGAACUUAUCCAGUUAUAUUCCUUUAUGUUAUCGCUGGGUUGGUUGUCGCAACUUGCAUUCUGACUACAAUCAUACCAUUUAUCGGACAAAAAUAUUUACAAUAUGCGGAUGAACAACGAGACAAGGAUGAACAAAAAUCUCAAUACCAAAGCAGAGCCACCAUUGAAACGAUUCGAAUUAAAUAAAUUCAUUCUGAAUGUAUAUCUUUUUUUAAACUUUUAACAUCUUUAAGAUGAGUUUAUUUUGUAAAAAUAAAUCUAUUCUUUUAAUCUGUCCAUGAAUAGCUUCCAAUUAAAGAGAUUCCGUUCGAAAUCGA